UUAAAUGGCUCGCGGCGUUUUGUGGGAUUACCUACAUUGCGGUGUUUCUAACCGUGACGUUUGGAUGUUUUCCGUAAGCGCUCCUGGAUAUCUAUCUCCUUCCAUACGCCCAUAUGCGCUAAUGCACCCUGCCUAGUAUAUCGGAUAACUGGAGAGUAUAUCCUCCGCCCUCUAGUAAGGAACUGUUUCACCCCCAAGGGCUGCAAUGAUGUUAAUUACCUUCCAGAAAGGUGUGGACUCAAGAUCCAAAACGUUAUAGUGACAUGCAUCUUGAACGUCACGUAUGCAAAUCUACCGCAAUUCCCUAUAUGUGUAGUCAAGCUGACCAGUUCCUGAUAGCACUGACUUAGCUCUGUAAGGAAUCCGGACAUCUCAGAAUGUUCCUUCCUACUCACAUCCCAUCGAUGCAGGCUUUUCAUCCCAAUCCCAUUACUCUGGAAAGUAAAAACAUCGUUCUCGAGGUAAUACGCAAUCCAUUGUACAUGCAGGGAUCACCCGAGAGAAGACGCUUUCUAACUGACCUGAUCGUGAAUAGAAAACUCGUUAUCGCCAUAUUCCUCAGCUCCGGCAUCUUCGUCAUCAGCGCGUCGCUUAUUCGAACCACUCUCACAUUAAAAGCAGAACCGUCUAGUAUCACCGUGAACCGAUGGGGAAUCCGGGAAACCUUUGUCGGUGUCGCUACAGUUAACCUUCCCAUUCUGCGUCCGCUAUUCACCAAGAGAUUUUGGAGGUCGAAUUACGUGGAGGAUGGCUCCAGCGGUCAUCCAUACGGAUACCAUGGAGGAUCGGAAUCGUACAACUUGACGACACGGACAAAGAAGAGCACACGGCGGGAGAGUAUGAAGGCGAUUAAUGAGUCUAGUCAGGAUGGAAGUUACGACGUCUAUAUUAGUACGAGCUAUAACGUGAAGGUCGAACAAAAGGAUACGCGCGAAGGCGAUCAAUCAUCCGAUAGCCAUCAAUUCGGACUUCAUCCCAGUAGUGUCUGGGAGAUUGAUAAAAAGUCGAUAGUCUAAAACAGGACUUUGGCCAGGCUUAGACCGGCUUUCUUUUUUUACACUAGGUUCGUUCUAGACCUAAUUAUUAUUAUUAUUUUUUUAAUAAGAUUUAUUUUCGU